AUGGACCUGAGGGAUUUUUACCUGUUGGCUGCUCUGAUUGCCUGUUUAAGGCUGGAUUCCGCAAUAGCUCAAGAACUUAUUUACACUAUUAGAGAGGAAUUGCCUGAAAAUGUGCCCAUAGGAAACAUACCAAAGGAUCUGAACAUUUCUCACAUCAAUGCUGCCACAGGGACCAGCGCCAGCCUUGUCUACAGACUGGUUUCUAAAGCUGGGGAUGCCCCUUUGGUGAAAGUAUCCAGUAGCACUGGCGAAAUUUUCACAACCUCCAAUAGAAUAGACAGAGAAAAACUCUGUGCUGGAGCCUCUUACGAUGAGGAGAAUGAGUGUUUCUUUGAACUUGAGGUGGUGAUCCUCCCCAAUGAUUUUUUCAGGCUGAUCAAAAUUAAAAUAAUUGUCAAGGAUACCAAUGAUAAUGCCCCCAUGUUUCCAUCUCCUGUCAUCAAUAUUUCCAUCCCAGAAAACACUUUGAUCAACAGCCGCUUUCCAAUUCCAUCAGCAACAGAUCCUGACACAGGCUUCAAUGGUGUACAGCAUUAUGAAUUGUUAAAUGGGCAGAGUGUUUUUGGACUGGAUAUCGUGGAAACUCCGGAAGGAGAGAAGUGGCCGCAAUUGAUUGUUCAGCAAAACUUGGACAGAGAACAGAAAGAUACCUAUGUGAUGAAAAUCAAAGUAGAGGAUGGAGGCACUCCACAGAAAUCCAGCACAGCCAUACUGCAGGUCACAGUAAGUGAUGUAAAUGACAACAGGCCAGUGUUUAAAGAGGGUCAAGUGGAGGUGCAUAUUCCAGAGAAUGCUCCCGUAGGCACCUCUGUAAUUCAGCUCCAUGCCACUGAUGCAGAUAUAGGCAGUAAUGCUGAAAUCCGGUACAUUUUUGGUGCCCAGGUCGCCCCUGCAACCAAAAGACUCUUUGCUUUAAAUAAUACUACUGGGUUGAUUACAGUUCAGAGGUCUUUAGAUCGAGAGGAGACAGCCAUUCACAAAGUGACAGUGCUGGCUAGUGAUGGCAGCUCCACUCCCGCUCGAGCAACGGUUACCAUCAAUGUCACUGAUGUAAAUGAUAACCCUCCAAACAUAGACCUCAGGUACAUUAUAAGUCCCAUCAAUGGCACAGUGUAUUUGUCUGAGAAAGAUCCUGUCAAUACAAAGAUUGCCCUAAUUACAGUUUCAGAUAAGGACACAGAUGUGAAUGGCAAAGUGAUCUGUUUUAUUGAAAGAGAGGUCCCGUUUCAUUUGAAGGCAGUAUACGACAACCAAUAUUUGUUAGAGACGUCCUCUUUGUUGGACUAUGAGGGCACCAAAGAAUUCAGCUUUAAAAUUGUUGCCUCUGAUUCUGGGAAGCCCAGUUUAAAUCAGACUGCUCUGGUAAGGGUUAAGCUUGAGGACGAAAAUGACAACCCACCAAUUUUCAACCAGCCUGUAAUUGAGCUGUCAGUUUCUGAAAACAACCGUCGUGGGUUGUACUUAACAACUAUUAGUGCCACAGAUGAAGACAGUGGGAAAAAUGCAGAUAUUGUUUAUCAGCUUGGACCGAAUGCCUCCUUCUUUGAUCUGGACCGAAAGACAGGAGUUCUGACAGCCUCCAGAGUCUUUGACAGAGAAGAACAAGAAAGAUUCAUUUUUACAGUAACUGCCAGGGACAAUGGGACCCCUCCCCUCCAAAGCCAAGCGGCUGUGAUAGUUACUGUUCUGGAUGAGAAUGACAAUAGCCCCAAGUUUACUCAUAAUCAUUUUCAAUUUUUUGUGUCUGAGAAUCUGCCAAAGUAUAGUACUGUGGGGGUAAUCACAGUGACAGAUGCAGAUGCUGGAGAGAAUAAAGCUGUGACUCUUUCCAUUCUAAAUGACAAUGAUAAUUUUGUGUUGGAUCCCUAUUCUGGAGUCAUAAAGUCAAAUGUCUCAUUUGACAGAGAGCAGCAGAGUUCCUACACUUUCGAUGUCAAAGCCACUGAUGGGGGACAACCACCCCGUUCCUCUACUGCAAAAGUAACUAUAAAUGUCAUGGAUGUCAAUGACAAUAGUCCAGUUGUCAUUUCGCCACCUUCUAAUACUUCUUUUAAGUUGGUGCCUCUCUCAGCCAUUCCUGGCUCCGUGAUAGCAGAAGUUUUUGCCGUGGAUAUUGACACUGGGAUGAAUGCUGAACUUAAGUAUACAAUUGUGAGUGGGAACAACAAAGGCCUGUUUCGGAUUGAUCCAGUAACAGGUAACAUCACUCUGGAAGAAAAACCAGCACCUACUGAUGUGGGCUUGCACCGAUUGGUGGUCAACAUAAGUGACCUGGGAUACCCUAAGUCUCUGCACACACUUGUGCUUGUUUUUCUUUAUGUUAAUGACACUGCUGGCAAUGCCUCCUAUAUCUAUGACUUGAUUCGCAGGACUAUGGAGACCCCAUUGGACAGGAACAUAGGCGAUAGCAGCCAACCCUAUCAAAACGAAGACUAUCUCACCAUCAUGAUCGCCAUUGUCGCAGGUGCCAUGGUGGUCAUCGUCGUGAUCUUCGUCACCGUUCUGGUGCGCUGUCGCCAUGCAUCAAGAUUCAAAGCAGCUCAGAGGAGUAAGCAAGGUGCUGAAUGGAUGUCCCCAAACCAGGAGAACAAACAAAACAAGAAAAAGAAAAGGAAGAAAAGAAAGUCUCCCAAGAGCUCUCUUUUGAACUUUGUUACCAUCGAAGAGUCCAAACCCGAUGAUGCAGUUCACGAACCCAUCAAUGGGACAAUAAGCCUGCCGGCUGAGCUGGAGGAGCAAAGCAUAGGUAGAUUUGACUGGGGUCCAGCACCUCCAACCACCUUCAAGCCGAACAGCCCUGACCUGGCCAAGCACUACAAAUCUGCUUCUCCACAGCCCGCUUUCCAUCUUAAACCAGACACUCCGGUUUCCGUGAAAAAGCAUCACGUGAUCCAGGAGCUCCCAUUGGACAACACCUUUGUCGGGGGUUGUGACACCCUUUCCAAACGCUCUUCCACUAGUUCAGAUCACUUCAGUGCCUCAGAGUGCAGUUCCCAAGGAGGCUUCAAGACAAAGGGCCCCUUACACACCAGACAGUGUAACUCACACAGCAAAAGUGACAAUAUUCCUGUCACUCCUCAGAAAUGUCCCAGCUCUGCGGGUUUCCACAUUCAGGAGAAUGAAGAAAGCCAUUACGAGUCGCAGCGCCGGGUUACCUUUCAUCUCCCUGACGGCUCCCAGGAAAGCUGCAGUGACAGUGGUCUAGGAGACCACGAGCCGGUGGGUAGUGGAACCCUGAUCUCACACCCUCUUCCUCUGGUUCAGCCACAGGACGAAUUCUAUGACCAGGCCUCUCCGGACAAGAGGACUGAAGCAGAUGGCAACUCUGAUCCCAACUCUGAUGGGCCUCUGGGCCCCCGAGGAUUAGCUGAAGCUACAGAGAUGUGCACUCAAGAGUGCUUGGUUUUGGGUCAUUCUGAUAACUGCUGGAUGCCUCCUGGCUUGGGUCCAUAUCAACACCCUAAAUCACCUCUCUCAACCUUUGCACCCCAGAAAGAAUGGGUCAAGAAGGACAAGCUUGUGAAUGGGCACACCCUGACCAGAGCCUGGAAAGAAGAUAGCAACAGGAACCAGUUCAAUGACCGUAAGCAGUAUGGUUCCACUGAAGGCCAUUUCAACAAUGGCAGCCACAUGACAGACAUUCCUCUGGCAAAUCUGAAGUCUUAUAAGCAAGCAGGAGGUGCUAUUGAGAGUCCUAAGGAACACCAACUCUAA